CAGCAACACAUUCAGCCCACAAAGCACGUUGGCACGUGGCCACUGUUCCUCUCUCUCUCUCUCUCUCUCUCUCUCUCUCUCUCUCAUCCAAUUAAUUAAUUUAACUCCCUCAAUUCUCCUCUCCUUAACUGUUGAAUUCAAUCUACUACCACUGAAAGAACUCUAACAACCAGCUGUUGCUAGCUGUAACCCCCCCUCCCCUCUUCCUUAUCAUGUGAUCUCCUCAUCUCCUUCUUUCUUCUUCAAGCCCUACAAAGCUAAGCAAAACCAAAACACGUUGGAGUCACAACCGCAUUGCUCGAAUCAAGACUAAGUAUGGCCCAACUUCCACCAAAGGCCCCCAGCUGGCCCAAGCCUCCCCCCUCAACGGCCCCAUCGUGGGUCGACGAGUUCCUAGACUUCUCGGCAGUCAGACGUGGGUCCCACCGGCGUUCGGUCAGCGACUCUGUUGCGUUCUUUGAGACCCCGCUCGCUGAGUACAUGUUUUCGGAUGAUGUGGCGCCAGGCGCAGCGGGGCCCGUGUCAGGGCAGGUGUCGUCGUCGAGCCCGUCAUCGCCGUCGGAUCACAAUAGUAAUAAUGAGGAGAGUAAAGGGGUGGCGGCGGAGAAGCAGAUGCAGAAUGAUACGGAGGUGGAGAGUGAGUGUAAGGGUGCUGCAGGACUUCAGGGUGGUAAUGUGAAUAAUGGGUCGGAUCAGAAUACUAUUGACCCGAAAAGGGUUAAGAGGAUCCUAGCCAACAGGCAAUCAGCACAAAGAUCUCGAGUGAGAAAGCUGCAGUACAUCUCCGAGCUCGAGCGCAGCGUAACAACAUUGCAGACCGAGGUUUCGGCAUUGUCUCCGAGAGUUGCGUUCUUGGAUCACCAGAGGUCGGUUCUGACAGUAGGAAACAGUCAUCUCAAGCAAAGGAUUGCCGCACUUGCACAAGAUAAGAUCUUCAAGGAUGCUCAUCAAGAGGCACUAAAAAAGGAGAUUGAGAGGUUGAGACAAGUCUACCAUCAGCAAAACCUCAAGAAAAUGUCUACCCCUGCAUCGGAAGCCAAUGCUCUUGGCAUGGACAAAGAGUUAGUCAGUUGAGGCUCAUUAAAUCUCAGGCCUGAAACCACUCUCUCAGUGGAAAUGGUGAAUUUGUUCAUGGAGGAAGAACAUUAUAUAUCGUUGAUUCGUUUAUUGUUGUAUUCUUUGUGAAAUUUUAAUUUUCUAUUCUUAUUUUUAUUUUUCAA